AUGUCAGACGACGAAAAGAGAAGACACUCAGCCUCCAAAGGCAGCGCCGUCGCAGGCGACCAUGCCAGCAUUCAGUAUGGUAUCGACGAUAGCAUGGGCCAUCUCCACAGACGACUCAACAACCGUCAGAUCCAGCUUAUCGCCGCUGGUGGCUCCAUCGGAACAGCCCUCUUCAUCUCCAUCGGUGGAGGUCUCGCCAAAGGUGGCCCAGGCAGUCUCCUUAUCGCCUACAGCCUCUACUCUAUUGUCCUUGCCCUCGUCAACAACUCCAUCGCCGAGAUGAACACAUACAUGCCCGUCGCUGGUGGAUUCGUUCGCCUGGCUGGCUACUGGGUUGACGAUGCCCUUGGUUUCCUCGCUGGUUGGAACUUCUUCCUCUACGAGGCUCUUAUUAUUCCAUUCGAGAUUACUGCCCUGACUUCAGUUAUUUCCUUCUGGAACGCUGACGCUCUCAACCCUGGCCCAACCGCUGGUAUCUGCGCUGCAGUCAUCAUCUGCUACGGUCUCCUCAACGUCCUUGCCGUCCGCUUCUAUGGUGAAUCCGAGUUUUGGCUCUCAGGUGGAAAGCUCGUACUCAUAUUCCUCCUCUUUGCCUUUACUUUCGUCACUAUGUGCGGUGGUAACCCCCAACACGAUGCCUACGGCUUCCGACACUUUUCUAACCCCGGCUCCUUCGCUACAUACCUCAGCCAAGGUGACAAGGGUCGUUUUGAAGGCUUCCUCGCCGCUCUCUUCAGCGCCUCAUUCACUGUUGUAGGCCCCGAGUAUAUCUCCAUGGUCUCUGCCGAGGCCCAGCGCCCUACUUUUACCAUCAAGAGCGCCUUCAAGACUGUCUACUACCGAUUCUGCAUCUUCUUUGUCGUUGGUGCUUUGGCUGUUGGUAUCUGCUGUGCUUACAACGACCCUCUCCUCGUUGACAUCUACUUUGGUGCUGGUGGCACUGGCAACGCUGCUUCGUCUCCCUAUGUCAUUGCCAUGACCAAUCUCGGUGUCAAGGGCCUACCUCACUUUGUCAAUUUCCUGAUCCUCACCUCCAUCUUCUCUGCCGGUAACACAUAUACCUACUGUGCUACUCGCGCCCUCUACUCGCUUUCCCUUGAAGGCCGCGCUCCUCAAUUCCUGAGAUACUGCAAUAAGUCCGGUAUCCCUGUUUACUGCUUCUGUGUUACCAUGCUGUUCCCCUUCCUCUCCUUCCUCCAGGUCGCCAAUGGCUCCGCCAAGGUCCUUGGAUGGUUGAUCAGCAUUGUCACUGGUGGCGGUCUCAUCACCUUUAUGAUUAUGAACAUUACCUUUAUCAACUACCACCGCGCUUGUGUUGCCCAGGGCGUCAACCGAAAGACCGAGCGUCCCUACUACGGCUACUUCCAGCCCUACGGUGCCUACAUCGCUCUGGUCAUCCAGUUCGUCAUCGUCCUCACCUACGGAUACUACGCUUUCCGACCCAAGUUUGACGUUGAGGUCUUCUUCCAGAACUACUCCAUGCAGAUCCUGGCUGUCCUUCUCUUCGCUUUUUGGAAGGUCUUCAAGAAGACCAAGUACAUCCGACCCCACGAGGUUGACCUGAUCUGGGAGCGACCCCAAAUUGAGGCUUACGAGGCGACCUUUACCGAGCCUCCUGUUGGAUUCUGGACUGAGAUGGGCCAGCUGUGCAUGCCUUGCUUCUUCAAGAAGACAAAGAGAUCCUCACAUGUUUAG